AUGCUGCAGGAGAUCAGGAUAUGUAAGGAGCUUGGAGUACCUGGCGUUACGCUAGGAGUCUUGAAGCAGGGUUGUCGAGUCGAUGUUGAGCGUACGAGAGCGCUUGUUGAGGCUGCGAAGCCUAUGGAUGUCACUUUCAGUCGAGCUUUCGACGAAGUGCAUGAUUUGACGCAGGCUCUUGAGGAUGUUAUCACCUCUGGCUGCACUCGCCUGCUCACAUCUGGAGGUGCCAGGAAUGUCGAGCUGGGCAAAGAAAUGCUAACGAAUCUCGUCGCAGUGGCCAACAGUAGAAUCGCCAUUAUGCCUGGUGGAGGAGUAAGGCAUCAGAACAUUGUCGGAAUUGUCAAAGCUACAGGGGUCAACAUGGUUCACUCAAGCGCUAUGGAUCAUGGGCUGAACGUUCGUCGGGAGAGCGAGGAGGCAACUGGCAAUAUGAGAAUUUUCCGUGACAGUUUUUCCCGGCUGAACAUCGACGACGCCCCCAAGCAAUUAUUUUACAAGCAAGAGUAA